AUGCUAACAGCUGCUACAAAUACACAGCCCUUCGACAUGGCAGAGACUCACAGCCUGCAGGACAUGAGGCAGCAGGCUGCCAUCGCCUCCAAAGUGUUCAUCCAGAGAGACUACACUACCGGGACAAUGUGCCAGUUCCAGACCAAGCUGCCGUCUGAUCUCGAGGCACGGAUCGACAAGCAGCAGUUUGAGGAGACUGUGAGAACGUUGAAUAACCUCUACGCUGAAGCAGAGAAACUCGGGAGCCAGUCGUUCAUCGAGGGCUGUUUGGCCUGCCUAACGGCUUACACGGUCUUCCUCUGCAUGGAGACACACUACGAAAAGGUUUUAAAGAAAAUUGCCAAAUUCAUCCAGGAACAGAACGACAAGAUCUAUGCCCCGCGCGGCCUGCUGCUGACUGACCCGAUCGAAAGGGGCCUCCGGGUUAUUGAAGUCACCAUCUUUGAAGACAGAAGCCUGACGAGAUAA